GUCUCUGCCAGGAAUUGCAGAUGCGAACAGUUGCCAACCGGCUAUAUACGUGGUUGUGACACCCGCCCCCCCUCCCCAGUGUUGUGAUACCCUGUUCUUCUGCAGCUGCCGUGCCCACACCCCACGGUCAUCAUGGCUGAUUUUAUCGCUUUUCACACGUACUAUUCCCGCCAUAACUUCCUCACACCUUCGACAAUGCUUCCACGCCCCACCAGCCACAAACGGUCACAUUCCUCCGAGAAUAACUCUCUUUCUCCCGACAAAACCGUUACCAAAGCCAGGUCCACCAAUGAUCUGUCCGGCAUCGCGGCCGAAAAGCCGGCCCCCGGUCUCCGUUCUUCCAGUGUUGGAAAUUUCCAAGAAAGCAGCUUCAGCACCUUAAGGGACCCCAGGCUUGCGAGCCACUCGGAAGAGUCGGAGACGCCGGGUUCUACGCAGUCGCACCACCCAGAUCUGAGCAACGAGGUCGCAGCCUUGAGCGUCAAGCUUGUGCAGGCAAUCAAUAAUCAAACCACACUUGACGACAACCUCGUCGCAACCCGCCAGGAAUUGGAGCAGGCCCAAGCGAAGAUUCGGGUCCUUGAGUCGGAAAAUGAAAAUUAUCAGCGAGAUAUCGACCAGGAGGUCUUAAUCAAGAAGGCCGACGUCGACUACGAGAUGUUGCGCUUGCAAGCUGCCUUGGCAGAGGAAAAGGCGCAGCGCGCGCUCGCGGAAAAGGAAAAGAAGGGAAUCGAACAAGAACUGGAGACGUUGACUGCCGCACUCUUUGAAGAAGCCAACAAGAUGGUCGCUGCUGCUAAGCUCGAGCGUGAAGCGGUGGAGAAGAAAAAUGAACAGCUGCGCUCUCAAGUAAAAGACACUGAAGCACUUCUUGCAUCGCAUCAAGAGCAAUUGGCAGAGUUAAAAUCUGUGUUGCAGGCAUUAAACAUCUCCAAAGACGAUAUUGACGCCCGCACGAUCAACUCGACAGCGCCAUCGUCUCCAACGGCGCCGCGGCAUCCUCUGCACAUAAAAAAGAACUCCGAGACUCCCGACAUACCAGAGGAGACCGUGCCUUGUGAAGAAAUUACUCCAGGGCCGUCCACCAGUUUCCCUCACCUAAUUAAGUCGGUAUGUCGAACAGAUAUACAGGCGUACGAAGAUUUCCGAGAACUUUUCACAACAUCCAGAGCUUCCAAGCCCGCCAGCCGGGCCACAAGUGGGUCUUACGCUGGCUUGAAUGUCAUGAGCUUGGCUAGCCUGGGAAGCGGUGGGUUUGGUUCAGCGUCGUCAUCGCCCGCCAAAUCUCAGACACAUUCUCCCAAUGGCAGCGUGUCUUCUCCACAGCCCGUGACCUCUCACAUCCCUCUCAAGGAGACCCGCUUCUACAAGCGGGUGCUUGCCGAAGAUGUCGAACCAACCUUAAGGCUGGAUGCCGCACCUGGAAUAUCAUGGCUUACCCGACGCUCGGUUUUGAGCGGGAUCUGCGAGGGGAGUCUUUUGGUAGAGCCGAUGCCACCAUCAGCAAAGAAGUACGAGUUCCCGUGCUCACUAUGUGGCGAACGCAGAAAUGGUUCCAUCAACGAGAGGACUCAUCGGUUCCGGACGUCCGAUAGCGAGACUGCUCAACGAUACCCCCUAUGUGUGCUGUGUCUAGAAAAAGUGCGCUCAUGCUGCGAAUUUACUGGCUACCUUCGACUCAUCCUCGAUGGACAUGUUCGUAUCGGCGAUUCGGAAGAGGAAAAGGAUGCAUGGGAUGAAACUAUUCGGUUGAGGGAGAGAAUGUUCUGGUCGCGCAUUGGUGGUGGAAUCAUUCCUCUAUUCGCCCACAACAAUGGCUUUCAAGGGAAUAUCCCCACCUUUAAUGAGAAUGCAGAGGUUCUUGCCGCCGAGAGUCGUGAAGAGUGUCAGCGAUCCGUUAUCUCAACGAUUCCCGAGCACAUGACUAUACAAACCAAAAAUCUGGACGAAAUUGACAGUGAGCACGUUCAUGACGAGGGUUCCGUGGGAGACGACCCAUUUGUGUCUGCGCCUUCCGAGUCAGAAUCUACGGCCAGCAGCACGGCGGUCUCGCCAAUUGAGGCCAACGCACCAGUGGAGAAGGCAGACCUCGGGGAUGACAUGGACAAGCAGUCUAUUGUCCAAAUAGCUGCUUCUGAGACUACUCAUGAUGAAACUGAGACAGUCCAACCCACAGUUGAAGUUGACGCCGCAAAGAGCGGAGAUAACUGAUGUGAUCGAUGCUGAUUUGACCACGAUUGCUAUCGUUCGAAGACACGAACGUAUUUUCACUGCCUUGCACUCUACUUGAUUUUUGAUAUCAACUUCCAACUACCAUGCGCUUUUCUUCCCCCCCUCUUCAAACCUUUUUCUUCUCAUAUACCGAUCUAUUUCAACCAUGCCUGCUUGCUUAAUUCCUCACCGAUCCUGUCCUUUGCAUCCGAAGACAUUA